GGGUGGAGUAAGAUGGCGACGGACACAGGGAGCUGGUGCGUGUACGCCGUGCUGCGGUUUUUCUAUUCACUCUUCUUUCCUGGACUGAUGAUAUGCGGAGUUUUGUGUGUAUAUUUGGUCAUUGGUCUUUGGGUUAUCAGGCGACAUCUACAGAGAAAGAAGAAGUCAGUGUCAACCAGCAAAAACGGAAAAGACCAAAUGGUGGUUGCAUUUUUCCAUCCAUACUGUAAUGCAGGCGGCGGAGGAGAGAGAGUUCUGUGGUGUGCUUUGAGAGCCCUGCAGAAAAAGUAUCCUGAAGCAGUUUAUGUUGUGUAUACUGGUGACAUUAAUGUCAGUGGUCAACAGAUACUAGACGGUGCUUUCAGAAGGUUUAACAUCAAGUUGGCUCACCCAGUACAGUUUGUUUUCUUAAGGAAACGCUACCUUGUGGAAGAUUCCCGCUAUCCUCACUUCACAUUGCUAGGCCAAAGUCUUGGAUCCAUCCUUCUUGGCUGGGAAGCUCUGAUGCAGCGCGUUCCUGAUGUUUACAUAGACUCAAUGGGAUAUGCCUUCACACUCCCUCUGUUUAAGUAUGUGGGAGGUUGCCGAGUCGGAAGCUAUGUUCACUAUCCCACGAUCAGCACUGACAUGCUGUCUGUGGUGAAGAAUCAGAAUCCUGGAUUUAAUAAUGCUGCUUUUAUUAGCAGCAAUGCUCUUCUCAGCAAAGCAAAGCUCAUCUAUUACUAUUUAUUUGCUUUUAUUUAUGGCCUUGUUGGAUCUUGCAGUGACAUAGUCAUGGUUAAUUCUUCUUGGACACUAAACCACAUCCUCUCACUGUGGAAGGUUGGGCAUUGCACUAACAUUGUUUAUCCUCCUUGUGAUGUGCAGACAUUUCUGGACAUCCCUUUACAUGAGAAGAAGGUGACCCCAGGGCAUUUGCUGGUUUCCAUUGGCCAGUUCAGACCUGAAAAGAAUCAUGCUUUGCAGAUCAAAGCCUUUGCUAAAUUGCUAAAUGAGAAGGCAGCUGAGUCAGGCCAUUCUCUUAAACUUGUCCUUAUUGGAGGGUGUCGCAACAAAGAUGAUGAGUUUAGAGUAAACCAACUGAGAAGUCUGUCUGAGAAUUUGGGAGUUCAAGAAAAUGUCGAAUUUAAAAUAAACAUUUCAUUCGAUGAAUUGAAGAAUUACUUGUCUGAAGCAACAAUCGGUCUGCAUACUAUGUGGAAUGAGCAUUUUGGGAUUGGAGUUGUCGAGUGUAUGGCAGCUGGCACAGUUAUCCUUGCACACAACUCAGGAGGCCCAAAGCUGGACAUUGUCAUUCCUCAUGAAGGACAGAUAACUGGCUUUCUGGCUGAGAGUGAAGAAGGUUAUGCUGACAGAAUGGCUCACAUUCUUUCUCUGUCUGCAGAAGAGAGACUCCAGAUCAGGAGGAAUGCUAGAGCGUCUAUCAGCAGAUUCUCCGACCAGGAGUUUGAAGUAGCAUUCCUGUGCUCCAUGGAGAAGUUACUUAGUGCCCAGUCUACAGUCUAGGUAUUUCAUAUAGCAUGGAGCUGGGGCUGUAGGUCAUGGGAGAGCCUGUGCUUGGUGUGUGCGAGUCCCGAGUUCCAUCCCCAGCACCAAAAGUAAAAGGAAACACCUUCACCUGUAAAUAUCUUCUAAAUUUAUUCUUAUCAUAAUAAAAGCAGCCUGAGCAAUUCUCAGCAAUAUGUAUAUAGACAAUGCAGUAGUUAACAAAAUGGCAGAAUUUAUGUGGAAAAAGUAAUUUCACAAUCUCGCGUAGCUUUUUUUUUCUUCUUCUUCUUCUUCUUUUUUGAGACAGGGUUUCUCUGUAUAGCCCUGGCUGUUCUAGAACUCACUCUGUAGACCAGGCUGGCCUUGAACUCAUAGAGAUCCGCCNGCCUCUGUCUCCCAAGUGCUGGGACUAAAGGUGUGCCACUACACCCAGCUUCAUGUAGCUUAAUGUACAGAUUUUACUUACUGUUUCAAAAUCUGAACAGUACAGAUCUCAAAGAAAAAAAAUUACCGAUCAAACUUUCAUAUGCUCAUACAUCUUUUAAUCUUUUCCUUUCCUUGUCUUAAUCCUUGAGUGCUCCUGCCUCCACCUCCCAGAACACACCCGUGUAUGCAGUGCUGGUGAUGGAACCCAGGGGCUCCUACAGUCUAGACAAGCACUCUGCCGACUGAGCUAAGCCCCUACCUAACCUUGCAUCCUAAGCCCCAAACCCUGCUUUUCAAAUCACUUGUGCUUGAGAGAACAUAAAAUAAUAUUUCCUGGGUUUUUAAUCUGCUCUAUGAUGCUGGAGUACCACGUAGAGCCUCAGACUGUGAGGAGGAGCAGGGACGUGUAUGCUAAUCACCACCGAGUGGUACUGAGCUGGUCUCAAAGACUGCCUUCUGAAGGAAAGGGGAGUGCUGAGAAAAAUAGCAGGCUUUCAGCUGGCACUCUCAAAAUGUAUUCCUAAAUUUUUUGAUUAAAUUCUGUUCGAGGGGUGGGUUUAGGGUUAGAGAUUGAACCUAGAGCCACGCUCAUGAUACACAAGUGUUCUAACCCCUGAGCUACUUUACCUCAACCCCAGGAGUCCCGAAAUAACAGCGUGGGUGACCCUUUUAAGUAUACCUAUUAAUUUUCUUAAAAGGAAAAAGAAACUUCAAACAGGCAUCUCUAACCCUACACCUAAAGUGUCAGUCAGGAGAUGGGGUGGACUCAUUUCUUCAUGGGUGUGUGCAGAUAUGUUAAAGUCAAAACGGGUAGUAAUCUUUCCCUUAACUCCCUUAACUAGGUUUGUGUGGGAAUUGGGUUUUGUUUAGUACCUACCACAGUUGAUUUGUAUGGGUUUCUCAUCUCUUAAUAGCCCCAUUUAAGGCUAAAAGUCAACCUCAAUUCAUUCAAAAGAAUAUCAAGCUAAGUUACUUUUCUGAAACUGACCUGUAUUUAUAGUUUAUAGUGUAUAUACAUAUAUAUUUCUGGGUAUAAAUACACAUAUAUAGUUUUAAUGAACUUUUUCUCUCUCUUCUGGAUAUGAGCCAAAGACCACCUAACGAAAAACCCAACACCAGAGACAAGAAGCUUCCUUUGAGUUAAUUUCCCAGGGUUGUCCAAGAGACUCCCCGAAGCAUACAGCCUAUUGUUUUUGCCCUUGGUUACCCUGAGAGGUGGAAGAUAAGCCCCAAUUGCUGAAGACACAGUGUACUUUAGAAAUAGGCCAAAAGACCCCUGAGCUGGAACUGACCUGAAGGUGGAGAGAGAGAGAGAGAGAGAGAGAGAGAGAGAGAGAGAGAGAGAGAGAGAUGGAGAUGUUGCUGCCCCCGGACUAGCUUUCAUAGUAGGAAGGUGCCAGGCAAGCUUCCAAAGGGGAGGGCAGCCAAGAGACUGACCCAGCUAUCCCACCCAUAAACCACAUCAAAAACCAGCAUGGCACUCACACUGACAGUAACCAACAGCUCUUAAUUGGACACACAACCUGCUCAACUAGUAACUAUUCAGCACUAGAGAACAGCCACUGUUUACUAAGCCAGCAUAAUUCCUAACAACAAUCUAUAAACAUCUGUCUAGACCCUUAAAGUAUACAGUUCUACAACUAUGGCCUACAAACUAAUGCCAACAUACACAUUUUCUCUCUAAAUGAAUAUGCAUUUCACUGAGGACUCUUUCCUAGACUGAGAUUUCACUGUGAGAUCACAGUCCCUAACACGUGAUAUAGAGGUCUGUUGGCUCUUUACCAAGUAGUUUAACACUAUAAAAACAAUUUUUACAAUUUUUUUUUUUUUUACAAAAGUAACCACUAGUAAAGGUUUUCUGCACUCCCAUUAUUACAGAUAGAUGUGUUUACAACUCUGUAGUUUCUUGGUUUCUUAGUCGGUAGCUGAAAAUCAGUAUAAAUUUCACCUGGCCUCUAUUCUGCAUAACUGGCACAUGUGUGGGGCUGAGGCUGUGACUCUGUAGGAAGCUGCCUGUAACAUGUGAGCAAGCUUGAGCCACAGCACAGCAACAAAUGAUGUGUGUACAGUUGUGUGUGUGCAGAUGGGACACUAAAGGCAGCAUUCACCAUUCUGUACAUACAUAGUUCCUUCUGGUUAAAUGAAUUGCCCACAGUUUGACACUUGUGUUUGAGCGUACAGACGAGGCACCCUGUCUCUUCCAGCUGGUUGUUGGGUUUGAUUGUUGGUUGUUUUUGCUUUGUUUGGAUCUAGCUAGCUUCAUUAUCUAUCCCCAGUUACAUUGUUGAUUCACUACAGUGGAAACUCAGCAAACCUUCAGCUGGGGUUGGAGAUAAUUCAGUCUACAAAGAUUUCAGAGACUGGAGGUGGACGGGACCUUCCACAUUCUCUAUUUUGUUUUCAACUUCACAGACCAAAACAAUUUAAAGAACUGAGUUGACUUCUUCAUUGUCACAAAACUGGUUAAUGACAGAAUCAGGAUUCUGGCCUCGUAGUCUGACUCUUGGCCCACUCUCUUAUGUUAAGGCCAGUCUUUGAGGUAAACCACACAGCCUACACAAAGUAAUAGGACUAAAGUAACUUAAAGUAAUUCUAGAAAUUGGAAUGAUCAUAGAUGGGAAUGUGGUGAAAGAAAAAAUGAUUCUCAAUUUCUUAGAAGCACUUUUUCACUGACUUUUCAAGGUUAUGUUUAUGGGCUAAAAGCAUAUGAUUUACAGCAUUCCUAAUCAUGCUUUACAGAUGUUUAUUUUUUCAGGUAGGUACUAUGUGAAAUGUUGAGACUCAUCUUUAUCUGUUUCUGUGAGGCUUCUCGGUGGUUAAGUCCACUACAACUAUGAUUUUCCCCUGUGUGGUCCAAGCAUUCAGUUUUGAGUUCACAACAGUGGGGGUUCAAAUUCCUGUUUACAUUGAUACCACAGCUGUGAAGUAUAUGUUACAUAGUCUUUGUAUAAUAUAUUUAUAUCUAAAUGUGAUGUAGAGCUAUUGAUACAAAAUUGUAUCUAAAUGUGUCAGGUGAUUUCAUUCAUUCAAUUAAAAUGUUUUUACAUCAUCUUUCCAUUUCCUCUUUACCUUCCCACCUUUCUACCUCUGGAAUUCAUGGUCUCUUUUUCUUUAAUGAUUAUUGCUACAUAUGUAUGCAAAUAA